GAAGCACAAACGGUACAAACAGAGCCGUUGGAUUUAUCGGUGCGGAAAGUUAGUAAGGAAAAAAUAAAACUGCAAGAUUCGUCAAUUAAUGAAACUAAUGAAGGACAGACGGAAAGUUUCCUUCAAUCGUCACAUUUGAGUGCUCAUAAGAAGGCGCAUAGCGGUAAAAAGCCGCACCGUUGCACGAUAUGCGGGAAAAGUUUCCCUCAAUCAUCGGAUUUGAACAAGCAUAACAGAACCCAUACCGGUGAAAAGCCGUAUAGUUGCACGAUAUGCAAUAAAAGUUUCUCUCAGUCAUCGCAUUUGAAUGCACAUUGGAGGACGCAUACCGGUGAAAAGCCGUACAGCUGUACGAUAUGUAGUCAAAGUUUCUCUCAAUCAUCGUCUUUAGAUUUACAUAAAAGGACGCAUACCGGCAUUAAGCCACACCGUUGUACGAUAUGCGGGAAGAAUUUCGCUAGAUCAUCGAGUUUGAGCGUACAUAAUAGAACUCAUACCGGUGAAAAGCCGUAUAGUUGCACGAUAUGCAACCGAAGUUUCUCUCAAUCACCGCAUUUGAAUGUACAUAGGAGGAUGCAUACCGGUGAAAAGCCGUACAGCUGUGCGAUAUGCAAUCAAAGUUUCUCUCAUUCAUCGUCUUUGAAUUUGCAUAAGAGAACGCAUACCGAGAUAAAGUUGUACGACGUGCGGGAAACCUUUUGA